AACAGUACAUCCCAACUACCGGAGAUGGGAACGAUGAGAUCAGAGAAGGAUAGAGAUCUGGAACGUCUGAUUCCGGUGGGAACCUUAGCCUUAGAGAUCAAUGGUUCUAAAUCCUCUUCGCCUUCUGAAUCUCCCUCAGCUUCCUCGUCCCUUUCUCAUUCCUCCGGCAAAGAGGCAUUUGGCAAAGUAAUUCAUAGCUGGAUUUCAAAAAAAUUUAUUAGCGGAUGUGUCAUCUUAUUUCCCAUAGCCAUAACCUUCUACCUUACUUGGAAACUCAUUAAUUUUGUGGAUGGCUUCUUUUCUCCAAUCUAUAAUCAUCUUGGAAUUGAUGUAUUUGGUCUUGGAUUUUUGACCUCCUUAAUUUUCAUAUUCUUGGUUGGGGUGUCCAUGUCCUCAUGGUUAGGUUCUUCUCUUCUUAGUUUAGGAGAAUGGUUCAUCAAAAAAAUGCCCCUUAUGAGUUAUAUCUACACUGCUUCAAAGCAAAUUAGUCGAGCAAUUUCACCAGAUGAGGAUUCACAUGCCUUUAAAGAAGUGGCCAUCAUAAGGCAUCCACGACUUGGGGAAUAUGCAUUUGGCUUCAUUACUUCAACUAUUAUUCUUCGUAAGAGUACAGGUGCAGAGGAAGUUUGCUGUGUUUAUGUUCCCACUAAUCACCUUUACCUUGGAGAUAUAUUCCUUGUCAAUUCUAAGGAUAUUAUGAGGCCCAAUCUCUCUGUUAGGGAGGGGAUAGAAAUUGUUAUCUCUGGAGGCAUGUCUGUACCCAAGAUUUUGACCAUAGUGGAUGUGCAAUCUAUUCUAUCUCCAAGAGUUGGAAAAUUUGCUAUUCCUCAAGUUUGAUGAUCAAACUGUUUCUACAUCAGUAUCCGUUGACAAAUGUUAGAGUUGGGGAGGAUGAACUGGACCAGUAAAUUGGAUGUUGGCUACCUUGACUUGCUGUUAAUAUUAUUUAAUAGAUAGCCUCCCAGUAGAUAAUACUUUUAGCUCUGCUUCUCCUGAUUCUCUUGUGGUCCCUACGUGAAUGCAUAAUGUUUUGUGCAUCGUUUGCCCUUUUAAGAGCUAGCAUAUAAUGAGUAAGAAAUAUACCACAUCGACUAGAGUGCGAGUUGCAAUGUAUUUUGAACUGAAAGCUUAACUUAAAUACACAAUGCUUAUUAGAAGCUUUGUUUUGUAAAUUUUGUCUCUCCCUUCAAAUAAGUCUUUUGAUA